UUAGUUGAUUGAAACCACAUUUUAUGAAUUGAAAUCCAACAAAUACAGAAAUGAAAAACCAACACGAACAAGGCAGGGUAACGACCGUAGUUAGGAAUGAUGAAGUCGAGUUAAAUAUUAGGGGAAUAUGUUGAUAUAGCACAGAAGCAGAGCUUCUAAGACUAUCCAAUAUCAUAAAUAGUUUAGCAACAUGACUCCAGGAGCAGCACAAAGAUCAAGGACGUGAUCUCCUGAUGAGAUGUCCAAAGCUAACACUGCAGCUCUAGAUGUUGCAUCAAUUCCAUAUAUCAUUCCAUUUUGGUAUGCCUUUGAGCUAGGUGUUCUAACAUCAGGUGCGAAAUAAUAGAAACUCGGCAACCAAGAGACCUUUUAAAGUUCACCUCCAAUGUCGACUUCAAUUGCCUCUAAAUUAAAGUCAUUUUGUUUCAGAAAAUCGAGAAAAGCUUCCGGCAAUGGAACACUUGAGGAGUCGGCAUCUCCGUCCAUGACCUUCUUGUGCCCGAAUUUUCUGCCAAACGGCCACCUUUAUAGCGAUCGUCUCUACACCGGCGACGAUAAUAUGAUAGCUACUAACGGGCAUUGAAUCAAAAGAAUAACUUACACGCCAUAGCAUUAACGGAUGGAAAUGAAGCUGAGUUAUGUCAACCUUUAAAGUGCCAUAGCAUUGCACGCAGGAAGUAAAAUAAGCUCUGGGUACAAUUGUCCGAAGUGCAAAGUUACACGAACAUAUAUUUUUGACCAUUUUACCCCUAACAUUAUUCAUGCUUAUAAGAUUGUAGAUAGAGUAUCUACACUUGUAAAAUUGUUUAGUUAGUGGCUAAAUUUAUAUUUGCUGACAAAUUUUAUAAAGUUUGUGCCUGAAGCUUGCAACCUGACUUUAAUGGUUUUGCUGUGAAAUUUAGUCAGAAAAAUAAAAAAGGUAUGGAAACCCCACCAUUUCAAUUCAUAUAUCCCUGCUUACCACCUAUUCUUGCCACUGCUCUUAGUCUCAUUUCAUUGUUUCCCCAAAGAUGAAAUCAAUAUUAGACAAAGUUUCAAGACUAUUGGUGAAUGACAAUCUUGAUUACCAUUCUUAAAGAUUUCAUUUCCGCACUUAUUCUUUCAGAACUUAAAAACACGGGAAACGGGUUGGGAAGAAACCUAUUUACCCAAAUAUAGUGGAAUCGAGUGAAGAAAGGUGAAUACGAACAAAAACAAAAACAUGGGGAAGCAGAUACAACACAUACCAAGAAAAGAGUGAGCAAUAGACGGACUUUUAUCAAUUAAAUUAGAUUUUCUCCUUUCCCAUGUAUGAAAAAAUUAAAUCAGAUUUUCAUAUUAAGAGGGAAAUACUGUAAUAGCCGAAAAGCUAAUGAAGGGAUAACCAAUAAUCAUUAUUCAAUAUUUCAAUUCAUGUUAAUCAAGCAUUCACAUUGAGUUACCAGACAAGCCUGGUUUGUAGAAGAGUGAGAGGGGUUUUGGGUUCUGGUAGUAGUCGAGCAAAGCGGCUGAACCCAAUAUUUGGAUUCCUCGUAAUCAAGCAUUCACAUUGAGUUAACAGAUAAACCUGAUGUGUAGAAGAGCUAAAGGGGAUUCUGGAUUCAGGUAGUAGUCGAGCCGAGGCGGCUGGACCGCUGUAGAAAAAGCCGAUUGACCGAAUCUGCAAAACGAGCGAAGAGCCGAUUGAUCGAUUCUGCGAGGGCAGGUGAAGAGAAGAGAGGAGAGGCAGAGAAACUUUGAAAUCCGGAAUCCCGGCCCCUUUCUUUGGUUCAUCAUCGUCUCAAUUCCAAUUACGCAAUCCUCAAUAGCAAGGACCAAAGAGUCGAGGUGUGGCUAAUUAGGUAUUCAGGUUCAGGUAGUCGGUUAUAGUGGGGGUUGCGGAGGUGACAGGAUGUGGCAACACUACACGGAUGGACAAACUGCGUUUCUUAACGGAGAUGUAAGCACUUCAAAAAGGAACAUAUAAUUAAGCACACAGUACAACUCAACUAAGCAAUAAAGAUCCACCAACAAAUUUUAUAUACCUAAAUUAGGUCUACCUUCAUUCAUGCUUAUUAUUUUGUAGAGAUUACGAGUAUAUUUAAAAUAUUUUUAUUAAUAAAAUAAAGAAAAUUUAUAUGAAAAAAUAGCUAAAAUAAUGCUUUAGAGUAACUUCCGGCAAUACAGCCAGAAAAAUUGCAUUCUCGAUUGAAUUUUUAGCUGAAAUUUGAUAUGAAUAAACUAGACUUAACGAAGAAGAUACUCAACAAAUUUCAUAAAAUUGUUUUUACAGCAAACCACUUUCGACCAGUUUACCAAACGGGUUGUAAAAGAAGGAUGUGAGAUACUAAAAAGUUUUUUACAGCAGCUUAAGCCAAUUGAACAACUUCAAUCAUAAAUUCAUCAUUUUCUUUUUGCAGAUUGAGCGGAUUGAGUGUUAAGUUUUUGCAGCCAAAGAACCCUAGUUUGUCGUGGCUCUUAUUUUUAUCUAUGUUUCAGUGUUUAUGAUCUCUUGAACCGCCAAACUGUGUGAGGUUGAUUUUUGGUUGGAUCAUGUCAUCCAAACCGUUAGACUAUGAGAAUCUGAAUGAAAAUGUGAAGAGUUGUCAAUAUGCGGUCAGAGGUGAGCUUUAUCUUCGGGCUUCAGAGCUUCAGAAAGAAGGGAAGAAGAUCAUCUUUACGAAUGUUGGCAACCCUCAUGCCCUUGGGCAAAAGCCCCUGACCUUCCCUCGCCAGGUAAUUGCACUCUGCCAAGCCCCAUUUUUAUUGGAUGAUCCAAAUGUUGAACUUGUAUUCCCAGAUGAUGCUAUUGAAAGAGCUAAACAGUACCUUGCAAUGACCUCUGGUGGUCUAGGUGCUUACAGUGAUUCACGUGGAAUUCCGGGAGUAAGGAAAGAAGUGGCAGACUUUAUUGAGAGACGGGAUGGAUACCCAAGUGAUGCAGAAUUCAUAUUUCUGACAGAUGGGGCCAGCAAAGGAGUAGCGCAGAUCUUGAAUACUAUCAUCCGCGCUCCGAAUGAUGGGAUAUUAGUCCCGGUUCCACAAUAUCCACUGUACUCAGCUACAAUAUCCUUACUUGGUGGUUCUCUGGUUCCGUAUUAUCUUGAAGAGACUUCAAAUUGGGGUCUGGAUAUCAAUGACCUUCAUCGUUCAGUUUCAGAAGCUCGAUUCAAAGGAUUAACUAUACGAGCAAUGGUGAUUAUAAACCCUGGAAAUCCCACUGGGCAAUGUCUUAGUGAAGCAAACCUGAAAGAUGUAUUACGAUUCUGUUACCAAGAAAACUUGGUGUUGCUCGCAGAUGAAGUUUAUCAACAGAAUGUCUACCAAGAUGAGCGCCCCUUUAUAAGUGCAAAGAAGGUUCUAUUGAAUAUGGGCCCACCCAUAAGCAGAGAAGUUCAGCUUGUUUCAUUCCACACGGUCUCAAAAGGAUACUUUGGUGAGUGUGGACAGCGUGGUGGAUAUUUUGAGAUGACUAAUAUCCCUCCCAAGACUGUUGAGGAGAUAUACAAGAUUGCUUCGAUAUCCCUUAGUCCAAAUGUGCCUGGGCAAAUAUUUCUAGGUCUAAUGGUGAACCCUCCUAAAGCUGGAGAUGUCUCUUAUGCUCAAUUUGUUCGGGAAAGCAAAGGGAUCCUUGAGUCGCUAAGGAGAAGGGCCCGUAUAAUGACAGAUGGAUUCAAUCGCUGCAGAAAUGUUGUCUGCAAUUUUACCGAAGGUGCCAUGUAUUCUUUCCCACAAGUAUGCCUUCCCCGCGGAGCUAUUGAAGCUGCUAAAAGUCUAGGAAAAGCUCCUGACGUUUUCUAUUGUCUCAAGCUCUUGGAGGCCACAGGAAUCUCCACCGUUCCUGGCUCAGGAUUCGGUCAAAAGGAAGGGGUUUUCCACCUUAGAACGACUAUCUUGCCAGCUGAGGAAGACAUGCCCUCUAUCAUGGCUAGUUUCAAAGAGUUCAAUGACAAGUUCAUGGACCACUAUGAAGAUCACAAAGGCUAUUCCAGAAUGUAACUACUUAUUAUACGUAGUAUGCUAGAGAAUAAUCAACUUUUACAAUCACGAUAUAUGUGCAUGUGUGCAUGCACAUAUAUAUGCAUUUAUGUAUGAUUGUAUGGUAUAUAUAUACAUAGUAUAUAAUAUGAUUAACUGGGGAGGUAAAUCAGUUUACACACAAUGUUAUUUUCAGUUCUGUGAUGGUUUGGUUGUAAUCCAAAAUAUCUUUGAAUAUACAUGCAUGAAUAAAUAACAACACUUCUUUCAAAGAUUUUUUAUCCAGACACUGUUUGUUAAAACGAAAUGCAUGUAACUUGGAAUAUGUAUUUCUCUUUCAUGAAACUAUUUAAGCAAGUUUUAGAUAACAAAUUCUAAUGACACUGCUCUAGUAAUCAACCACCUUAUUUCAACAUGCACUCCAUUCUAAUCAAGUCAUUACACAACAUCAUAGACUCGAGUACAUCCUAUUAUCCUCAUACAUUUAUAGGACCAAUACUGGACUACAUAAGGAAUAUUGACCCAAACAGCCAAACUUGUUAAUUGGUGUGGGGACUGUGGGCAUAGCAUUGCUCUCAGCCUAAGCUACAAUUAGUGAACUAAUCGACUAGUUUAAUCUAGAGGCCCAACUCAAUCAUUCAGCCUAGCUUAAAGGAAUCCCGAACUUAGUUUGAACUUUGAAGAGAAGGCCUAUGCAAUUGGCUGUGUAUGAAUGGAUGGUGUUUGUGCUGAUUAUAUAUGAACUUAUUUCGAAAAGAAGGCCUAUUCAAUUGGUUGUGUAUGAAUAAAUGGUGUUUGUGCCUAUCAUAUAUGAACUUAUUUUGAAGAGAAGGCAUAUGCAUUUGGCUGUGUAUGAACGGAUGAUGUUUGUGCCGAUCAUAUAUUGAUGGACCCGGGCCGGUCCGGUUCCGGUUCCGGGCCGGGCCCGGGCGGGCUUUUUUUGCAAAUCAUUGGGCCCGGAACCGGCCCGGGUUGAUACCGGGUCCGGGCCUAACCGGGCCGGGCCGGGCCCGAUUCAAUGUCUAUUUUUUUUUUGCUUUCUUGUUAUCCCCCGACCCCCCACCCCCACCCCCCAAACCUCCCCAAAACACCCAGCCCUACCCUAGAAAAAGGAAAAAAAUUGAAAAAAAAAAUUGACACGGGCCUGACCCGAACCGCCCGGGCCGGUUCGCCCAAAACUGGGCCCAAGCCCGGCCCGCCCGACCCGCCCAAAUGGGCUAAAAGCCCAGAACCGGCCAACUGGUCCCGGUCCGGUCCGGGCCUGCACAGUAGCGGGCUGGGCCGGUUCCGGGCUGGCCCGGCCCGGUUUAGUCCAUCCCUAUAUGUGACAGUCUCACUUUCUCAACUAGCUAUGUUGAUCUUAGAGUUUGUGAAAGCUCAUAUCCGAAUGGACAAUUUAUCUUUGAAAUCGUGAAAAUCAUCUCAUGGAAGUGGUGCGAUAAAUAUUGAAAAGGUUUAAUAUGAAGUAGGUGUCAAUCAAAACAUUGUCGCAAAGGCAUAUCUGCGAUGAAAGUCAAAUGACUAGCAUGAGAUCUUUUAAAUGUAGCACAAAGGGCUUAUGUCAAAUGAGUGACUAAUACCUUGAUAAAAGAAAUGCUUAAUAGGCAAAAAUGGUAAUUUAAACCAGUUGUUUAGACUCACAAACAUAUAUAUAUAUAUUGUAAAUAAUUUAACAAAUGUGUCAAUUGUAACUAAUUAAAUCUAUUACUACGUAUAUGUAUAUGCGUAUGUUGAAGGUAGGAACUAUUGUCUUCAAAGAUGGUUAUCGGUUCACUGUCACAUAGUGUAAAGAAAGGGGAAUUUGAUUUUGCACCUCACUUUUUGGGUAAUAUUGGAUUUUGUAUCCAUUUGAAAAGUUGGAUAUUUGAAUUCCCCUUCAAUAAUUACAAUCAAUUGUAUUUGAAUUUCAAAUUCAAGUAUUAAAAUAUAUUGGACAAAGAAAUUAGAUUUUUAUUACGAGAUGCAAUGAUGCAAUAAAGUGAAUCAAACUAUUUACCAAAUUAGUUUAUGCAUAGUUUUUUUUAAUUCUAAUUGACUUUGCAAUAGUGAAUCAAACUAUUUACCAAAUUAGUUCAUGCAUAAGUUUUUUUUAAUUCUAAUUGACUUCAAGAACUCUCUAUGAUCCCCAAUUCUUCUUGCACGGACGUCUUCCUCUUGCCCCUUAAUAUCGAUCUUGACAUUAAAAUCAUUAUAAGAGCCUCUUAACAUUGAAAUUGAUUGAAUUGGAUGAUUUUGAUGAAAUUUAUGAAGUUCUGGUUGAAAUGGCUGGUUGAAAUGGCUGUAUUGACAGAUUAUGCUGAUUUAUUAAAAAAUUAUAUUUAAAAUAAUUGUUAUAAAUAAAUAAAAUAAAAGAUUAUACGAAAAAAUAGCUAAACUGAUCCUCUACAGUAACUUCAGCCAAUACAGCCAAAAAAGUAACUUCAACCUUACUUUUUCUUAUUAUUACACAAUUCAGUGCACGAAAUUAAAGUUACAUGUUUGAUGAAAAAGUUGACUGAUAAGUUUGAUAAGGCGAAAAAGGGGACCAUCAAAUGGGCUCUCGGGCUCUAAAAGUUUAAAACAACAGCCUUCUAUUGACAUCUCAUCUCAGUUAAAUGCGUUUUUUGUACCAUGGCAUUUCGGUCUGAUGGUCUUCAUAAUGCCUAAAUGCAAGUUCAGAUAGUUUAGGAAUUAGGAUAUAUUUGCGCGGCGGUAAUAACAUUUGGGGGUUGUUGACCCUUUACAGAAAUUUUUAUAAAUAAAUAAGAGAAAUUAUCCAAUAUAGGAAUAAAUAUAAACAUAAUUGCAUAGGGUCAUGAACAGUAACUUGUGGAAUAUUUGUCGAAAGUGUGGACUCGGGAAUAGUCAUCGUGUAAAUGAGAAUAUCAUCAUUACUCUCACGAAUAUCUGCCUUAGAUGAUGAAAAAGGUGUAUUUUCAUGAAAUGAUACAUCAAUAGAAACAAGAUACCGACCAGUACUCGGACAAAAACAUCUAUACCCCUUUUGGACUCGAGAAUAACCCAAGAAAAUACAUUUUAAUGAUUUCGGAUCUAACUUUGUUAGAUGAGGAUUAACAUCUCUAACAAAACAAGUGCAACCAAAUAUUUUAGGUGGGAUAGGAAAAAGCUCUCUGUUUGGAAAUAGACAAUGAUAAGGAGCUUUACCAUUCAAAACAGAAGAUGGCAUUCGAUUUAUCAAAAAACAUGCAGUAGACACGGCAUCUGCCCAAAACUGUUUAGGCACAUUCAUUUGGAAUAGAAGAUCCCUUGCAGUUUCUAACAGAUGUCGGUUCUUUCGUUCCGCAACUCCAUUUUGAGGAGGUGUAUCAACACAUGAAGUUUGAUGAAUAAUGCCAUGUUGAAGCAUAAAUGACUUAAAUGUAGCAGAUAGAUUUUCUUGGGCAUUGUCUCCUCUUAACACCCGAACAGGAACAUUAAACUGAGUUUUAAUUUCAGCACAAAAGGAAGAAAAAUGAGUGAACAACUCAGAUCGACGUUUCAUGAAAUACAACCAUGUCAUACGAGAAUAGUCGUCAACAAAGGUAACAAAAUAUUUAAAACCAGCUUUAGACACAACCGGGCAAGCACCCCAAACAUCAGAGUGAACAAGGUCAAAUGGAGCAUUUGCUCGUUUAUUAACUCGCGGGCCUAAGCUAGUACGAUGGUGUUUCGCAAAUUGACAUGACUCACAUUGUAAAGAGGUCGUUUUAUUAAAUUGGGGAUUUAUUUGCUUCAUUAAUGGGAGAGAUGGAUGUCCUAAUCGGUAAUGAGCAUCUAACAAAGUCCCAACCCCAAGACAAGAGAUACCUUUGGUGAUGGAUGUAUCCAAAAUAUAUAGACCAGCUGACUCAUGUCCUUUACCAAUAAUCUGCAUCGUUAACAGAUCCUGAAACACACAAUAUCCCGGAAAAAAUGUUACAGAACAGUUAAGAGUACGAGUGAUUUUACUGAUGGAAAGCAGAUUAAAUGCAAAAUUAGGAAGACUCAAAACAGGCGAUAAUGGUAAUGUAGAAGUUGGAACAACAGUACCAGAUCCAAGAACGGGUGAGGUAGAUCCAUCGGCUAAAGUGACACUAGAAGUAGGUAAAUAUGAAUGAAAUGACGAGAAUAGACUAGGAUUACCGGUCAUAUGAUCUGUGGCACCUGAGUCAAUGACCCAUUUCGAGGAUGAGGAAACAAGACACGUGUUUGAAAUACCUGAAUUAGCGAUUACCGAGAUAGGGACAGAGGAAUGCCUUAGAGUUUCUUGGUAGCAAAUAAAUUUGGCAUACUCGUCUGAAGAAAUAGCAAUUGAUCCAUCGGAUGAACUGGUAGCGGAAGCAACAUGAGCAAGCUGAUUUCCUUGAUUUUUGAACAACAAUUUUCUAGAUUCUUUGAUCAAGUGUCCGGGCUUCUUACGGUAAUUGCAUAUUACUCCUCUGUCAAAUCCACUCGUACAAGACAUUUUUUUUUUUUACGAAACAGUAAUCAAAUAAAAGAAUUGAGAUUUUCUGUAAGCUUACACCAGCUUCCCCAUUUUUGGACUUAAAAUUUGGAGAAUAAAAUAUACAGCUUGGGCCUUGACUGCUACGGACUCCUGACUUAAUUCCAGAUGCCUAGAGAUCUGUUGGUCUGAUGCCAGACCCUAACUGUGCGAACAAAGGAGCCUGCGGAUGUUCACAAAUAUCCUAUGCGAGACCCAGUAGAGAAGAUGCGAACAACCAGAAGGAGCGGACGUCCACAGAUAUCCCUCCAGAUAUGUCCGAUGUCAAACCCUAUCUACCAACCAGAAGGAGCGGACGUCCCUUGCUGAAGAAAGAACAAAAGAGGUAAAGUAUACCUGGUAGAGGAUUUCCAGACGAGCCUCAGGCGAAUAGUUCCGAUCAAAUCUCUGGCCAGACACACGGCAUCACGCGCUGGAGCGUGCGGCGUCUGCGAGAACUUUUGGCGGCGUCUGUAUUGAACUCGCGGCGAUUUUGUUGUGCGGAUUUCAAGUGUUUGGUCAGCUGCGGAAUGCGUGCCUGCUUAGGUUGGAGGUGCUACUGUGAAUUUUGGACGAAGGUUCUGAGUUUGGGACUAAGGUUCUGAUUUUUUUUUCUGGACUAAAC